CGGUGGCUGCGAUGGGCAAAAGGAAAUAAGAGGCGUUAACAUUUGUAUCGUGUGUGUCCGUAAAAAAUGUAUGGAGCCGGCCGAGUCUCCGACGAUUCGGAGCGAACCGCUUUCAGGACAGCUGAGAAAAAAUACAAGCUCUACUACAAUAACGACACCAAGUCCUCUAAGAGGGAAAAACAACCUAAACAAGUGGAUUUGUCAGAGGUCAUCGACUUCAAGUCUGUACUCGACUCCUUCAACCAGAACGGAUUAAAACCUCCUGGAAUCAUCAAACUUCAGUCGGACUUCAAUUAUCCCGUGUUCUGUCUCGAAAAUCGUCCUGGAUUCUAUUUUAUUCCAGAAGCAUUGAGUAUUGAAGAACAAUGCCAUUGGAUUAAGGAGAGCUUAAGAAGUUUCCCACAGCCUCCCAACAGAACGAACCACAAUGCAAUUUAUGGGCCUAUCCCUGAUUUAUUUACUGCAGCCCAAAAUAAGAAGGUAUUUGUUGAGGUUGGGAAUUUGGCCAGUGAUGGGGCACCUGGACCUUAUUCUGGUGGCAGAAAUUUAGAGUCUAAGUGGCAAUUUUGUGAUGGAACUGUUGGAAUACCACGGGGGGAUUCAAGCAAAUCAAUUGCAGCAUCUGUUCUUUUGCGGAAGCUGAGGUGGAGUACCCUUGGACUGCAAUUUGACUGGUCAAAGCGGAACUACGAUGUUUCUCUCCCACAUAACAAGAUCCCAGAGGCACUUUGUGAACUUGCUAGAAGAAUGGCAGUACCUGCUAUGCCAACAGGGGAAGAUUUCUGCCCUGAAGCUGCAAUCGUUAAUUACUUUGGUUUAGGGGACAUGCUUGGAGGCCACCUAGAUGACAUGGAAGCAGAUUGGAGUAAACCUAUAGUAAGCAUCAGUUUGGGCUGCAAGGCUAUUUUUCUACUGGGGGGGAAGUCUAGGGAGGAUCCUCCAACACCAAUGUUCCUUCGAAGUGGUGAUAUUGUACUCAUGGCUGGAGAAGCAAGGGAAUGUUUCCAUGGGGUACCUCGGAUCUUCACAGACACAGCAAAUGCUGAAGUUGCUCCUUUUGUGAUGCAUUUGUCAAACCAAGAUGAUCUUUGCCUCAUGGAAUAUAUCAGGAGUUCGAGAAUCAAUAUCAAUAUCAGACAAGUUUUCUAAGUUUAAUACUUUCUCAUUAAAAUUUUGAAAAUCCAUUAUCAAUUGUGAGAUUUGUUUCCCUGAUCUGGCGGAUUAAAGAAAAAAAGAAUAGAAAAGAAAGGCCCCCACUUAUUUUUAAUUUUCAUAGCAGACACUGCUGAAGUUUUCUUGUCAUUCUAUUGUUUUCUUUUCCUUUUCAAUGAGAUGCAGGAUUCAAUG